AUGUCCGGGCUAAAAAACUCUGGAAAGAAGGCGGUCGAUGCCAUCUUGAAUCCACAAAAAAUCGAUGUUGCUUUCCAAAAGUUUACCAGACCGACCGUUGGGGCUGGCAAGACUAUAUUCCCGACUUCUCAACGGGACUUGAAAAAUAUUGGGUUCCAUUUCGACCUUGGCGACCACACCCGUCAAGUGCCCGACAGUAGACCCAAUGCGAAACCAGGCACUACCCGAACCAGCAAUGUUAUCAACUGGCAAGCAGCUGCGCAAGCUGAGUCAAAGUCAAUCAAGGACUGGAUUAGAAAGAACGGAUCGCACGCAGUGAUUCAGACACUUGAGGUCCCAGAAGACGCCACCAAGGAGGAGUUCGAGGAAAUCCUGAGAACGGCAGCAAACAACCUCUAA